AAUUGGAGUUGAAGAUGAAACGUGAGAAUUACUUAGUAAUGUUGGUGAAAGACAUUGUGGAAAUGGUGGUUAAAAAGGUUGUCUCGAACCUGAAAACAUUUCAAAGAAAACAGCGAAAACAUCGUGUUAGUGAUCAUAGUACAAAUACUAAGUGUAUGAAUAUAUGCCAUGUAGAAAUUGAAGAAAAGAGCCAUGAACGUCGAGAACAUAAUGAUGAAAAAACAGUGAAAAUAAAUAAACAACCAGUACAAGCAUCGCAUGUGGAUAUGGAUGGAACCGCUGGUGACUAUACAGAUUAUGAGAUCGUUGGAUGCAUUCUUGAUGUUAAGGUUACAGUUUGUGGUAUCGCAAGAUCUAGGUGUAAUAUUCAAUACAAAGGUGAUCAAUGUUAUUAUACUAUCGAAUCAGGUUAUAAAAAAGCAACGUUUAUGAUUUUUGAUGAAAAUGACUUAGAUAAAUAUGUGAUGGAUAAUGGUAGUAUGAUGAAGAAUGAUGAUCAAAGAGAGAACAAAUUUGUGGUUAUGUAUUGA